UCUCUCUACAAUAAACAAUUCCAAUAUGGCUCUUGAUCGGUCUUUGAAUUGUAGCGCCGUCGUGGGGUCGUGGAAGAAAUCAUCGAGGCGAUCGAAGCGAUGGUGUCAGUUAAAACUCGGAGCCGACGAGAUUUUGGCCGCCCAAGGUCUCGUCAUGCUCGCCAGAAGCGGCGGCGGUCCUUACCCAUCUCCCCCCGCCGCCAAUCACCUGAUCACUGGAGAAGCCAAACACGGUGGUAACAAGCCUGCCAUCUCCGCCGCCGCUUCACUCGACUUCAAGAUAUCUCAAGAAUGGGUCCCUACUACGCCGUGCCCGCCGCCGGCCGUGCCCAAAUCGUACAGGAGUUGCGCCGACUCCGGUAAGGGUUUCAAUUCAUACCAGGCGCUCGACAGAAACCCUGACGCCGUCAUCCCCGCCAUCCCCGCCGCCGCAAUCGAAAGAAACCCAUACGCCGUCAUCCCCGCCGCCGCAAUCGAAAGAAACCCAUACGCCGUCAUCCCCGCCGUCGCCGCCGCGUCCACCAGAUGCACCUCCGGCAUGAAUCGGAGUGGUAAUAAGCUUCACGAGUGCGAAAUCUGCCACAAAACCUUCACAUCGGGACAGGCUCUCGGCGGCCAUAAGCGCAAGCACUAUGAAGGCGUCAUCGGCGCCGGUUCUAAAAAGAGCCGGAAAACCUCCUCAAACGGCGGCGCAGCCACCCAAAAGAUGAUCCGGGAUUUUGACUUGAACCUGCCGCCGCCGCCUGAUGAUCAAGAUUUCAAGUUUUAAUGAAUUGAACAAGAAGUGGAAAGUGCUGUGCCGCCACCUUUAUACGUAUGAAAAAUAUCUUUAAAAUAUUUUUCUGGAGUGUUUGUUUAUUGUUCCAUAUUAUUUAGGAUUCUGUGUAUACUUUUAUACAUUCAUUUAAAUUCAAUGAAUUAUUUUUUCAAUGCCUAUUUUCAUAUUCUUUAUCGUUCUUGAAUUUAGUUUUUUUUUUAAUACCAAAAGUAAAAUUUUAU